CCACCAGAGUUGCCUGGCCUGGGCGGACAUCUGCAACAACUGCAGCUGCUACUUAAAGCUGGCUUUCACUGCUUUUACUGAUUAGUUCCUUGUGAGAGGCAGAAGGAUCUCGGUGUCCCUGACGGGAUUUGGACUCAUCUAGUAAUGAUAGCACUCCACAUUUUAGCUGCUCUUUUUUUCUUAGGACUCGUCCUAAAGGAGACUCAGGCCUGGGGGUACAAGAAUGGGAUACUUCACAACUCCAUUUGGCUGGAACAAGCGGCUGGAGUUUAUCACCGGGAAUCUCGCAAGGGCAGAUAUCAGCUGACAUAUAAGGAGGCCAAGGCCGUCUGCAAGUUUGAGGGAGGGACACUGGCCACUUACGAUCAGUUGGAGGCCGCCAGACAAAUAGGCUUUCAUGUGUGUUCAGCUGGAUGGUUUGAUAAAGGCCGUGUGGGAUAUCCCAUUGUCAAAUCCGGGGCCAACUGCGGCUUUGGCAGGAUUGGGAUCGUUGAUUACGGCUAUCGGCUAAACAAAAGUGAGAGAUGGGACGUCUACUGCUACAACCCUAACUCUAAAGAGUGUGGCGGAGUGCACACAGACCAGCAGAAGAUUUUGCGGUCGCCUGGAUAUCCAGACGAAUACCCCGAUGAGCAGAUCUGCUACUGGCACAUCCGUCUGCGCUACGGCCAGAAGAUCCGAUUGCGUUUCCUUGACUUUGACAUAGAGGAUGACACAGACUGCCUUAGCGAUUUUCUGGAAAUCUAUGACAGCUAUGAUGAUAUUUCAGGAUUUGCUGGAAGGUUUUGUGGGGAUGAACUGCCUGAGGACUUUAUUAGUACAGGGAAUGUUAUGACACUGAAGUUCCUCACGGAUUCGUCUGUGUCUGCAGGAGGUUUCCAGCUGGAGUACAUUGCUGUAGAUCCGGACCAGUUCUCUACAAACAACACAAGCACUUGACACCUUAGUAAACAGACAUCUUAACCUUAGAGUGUUUAUUUAAGUUAUGUGUUUGUGUUUUUAUUACUUUUAUAACCCACAGUGUUUAGAAAUGUUCAAAAUAUUCUGUUUUUGUACUUGUUUUUCAGUUGUUGUUUAUUAUUGACCGCUGUAACAGAUCAUAAUGACUAUCAGUCGUCAUAAUAAAGCAACAGUCAUUUUAUAAAAAUGAUUUUCUAAACCAACUGUUGCACACUCUCUGAUAUUUCCUAUGACUGCUUACAUGCACUUGACAUUGUUAAUAACUGUGCAUUACCCAUACUUUUAACAAAGGUAAAACAUAUACUGCCCUGAAAUUAAAUGUGCAGAAGAUUUUUGAAGAAGAUGUUUAUAAGAAAAGCUUAUUCUCCAAAGAUGGGCACUUUGACUGCUACAAAUCAGAUUUAUUGAAACGCAGUUUUAUUAGUGUAAAAAACUUAAUUAUAGAGCUCAGUUCAAUAUGGCUGGAAAAAUAUGAUGUGAAUUGUUUAUAGCUAUAGAUAAUGUUGUUGUAACACAUCCCCAGUGUGUUCUGUUAAUUAAACUGGUGAUAAAGUGUCUAUGAUGACAAGCAUAAAAAGUCUGUUCAAGAAUGUUUCUCAGCAGUUUAUUCAACUUAAUAAUAGGAAAAAUGCAAUCUGAGCCCCAGUUUAAUAAACUGUCUUCAGACUAUUUGCAGCA